UUUGUUGUGUGUUAGGUUUUUUCACAACUCAUAAUGUCAUUGGCAAACCACUCAGUACCAAGAUUGGUGAAUCAAGGGGAUUGCAAGGUUUCUCUUUUAGAUUUACCUGAUGAACUUGUGGAUUGCAUCCUCAAGUUUCUUUCACCACAAGAUUUGUUUAGGGUAGCACAAGUGUGUACCCAUUUGAGGAAUAUUAGUAGAAGGGAUCAUUUGUGGGAGAAACAUGUGGAACAAAAAUGGAGCAGGUUGCUAGGUAAUGAUGCUUACCAUGAAUGGGAGUAUCAUACAACAAAAUAUAAGGAACUAUUAGUGGAUCAGAAUCUGAGUGACUCAUUAGGAACUACUAGUGGUAAUUCUUCAUUUCAACGAAUUCAUUCUUAUUUGAGAAUCAAUAGAUCCAUGACUGAUUUGAUUAAAAAUCAUUCAAAAAUGGCUCUAUAUAUUUUUCUUGAGACUGGCCGUUUCUGGUUUCCUGCUCAAGUUUAUAAGGCUACACUGUUAACAUUAUACUGUUAUGAUGCCAUUGUUACUUAUGAUUCUAAAACAAACACCUUUCAAACGAGGACUCCACAUGGCAGAAGGCGAGUGAUUGAGAGAGAUAUUCCCUGGAAUAUGUUGAGGAUGCCACCACCAAAGACUUACUUAGUGGAUUAUUAUGAGUAUAACGAUCUGAAUAAUUUGAAACCAGGAGAUUAUAUCGAGAUUCAAACUAGAGGAAGGAAAGCAUUCCCUCUUUAUGAUUGGGCGCAUGCUGUAGUUUGCCAUUUGGAGUCAUGUGACCAGGAUGUUAAUCAUUGCUCAUGCAAAGAUAAUGACAUUUUGGUUAUGGGGUUUUCCAGAUGCAACUUCUACAAGGAGUAUUCAUUGAGUAAAUCAAUGAAACAUGCCCAAGCAUAUGUAGAAUUCAACUUUCUCAAUGGAAUCAGAAAACUCAACGAGCAGGAGAUUGAAAAGUGGAACAACGUCAUUUUGACUAGAAAUAAUAGGUUCGCACCUAUUGAAUGAGUAGACUAUGCUAUUUAUUUGAAUGGGAAAAAACAUGUUCAAACAAUUGAGCAGGAUAGUGCAUGAUGUGAGACACAACAUGGAUGUAUGAGUACAAAAAGUAACUUGUUUAAUGUUGUAAUUUUAUUUCUUGAUUUAAAAUAUUAUGGAGGUGUGUUACAGAGUUAAAUUCUAUUUGGCAUGAUCUUAUUCAAUCCAACUAUGGGAUGGUUGUGGAUAAA